AUGCUACUGCUUAACGCGACAACAUUCGUGAACGAGCCGGCACACACACCUCAGCCCGUACCACCAACACGAUCAUGCCAGCCUGUGACCCAGCCCAUUGCGUAUAAGCCUCAGAUCUUGCACGAGCCACACCCCGACAGCAAGAUACUGCAAGACUUCCACUGGGUACCCUAUCCCCUAGGUCUCCUUCCAAAGGAACGCAAAGUAAGCGCUCAUCUUCGCAAAGCCUACCUCGUCGCAGAACGAUUGAGUUGGGAGGAUGAGUUAAUCACUGCGCCAGAUAGAAACUUGAAUGAAGAGCUGAACUGGGCUGUCAAUUAUGAGUUGGGGAUCUUGGAGCCCUUCGUAGAAGAUAUUGAACAACGAACUGGUGGGAAGCGCAGCCAGAAAAACAAGUACCAUCCUUACCAGAAUGCAUUCGAGAUGAAGGAAGCGCUGAAACUCAUCUUCACCUCGGAGAACAUCACGGAUGCGAGCUGGAAUUUGUGGGUCGAUUUGCAGAAGGAUAUCCAACGCAUCACUGAGAAUGAGGAGCUUGCAUCAACUUCGAGUCCUGCGAGAACAUCACAGAACGCAAGGAAGGCACCACUUUCAGAGAUCUCGGCCAAUGCACGUCCGAAAACACCACCUGCAAAAGUCGAAGAGAUCGAUCUCACAAUGCCACCUCAGUCUGCACUAGGACCAACCUCUGAAGGUCCUGCACCACCUUUACCGACACCACCUGCCUCUCUACCGGUAGCUGAUAAUGCCUAUAAUCGUUUCUCUUUGCGUGGCUACGAUCAGGCCUCACUCGCGCUUCCUGGGACAGACAAGGAAGCAUGGAGCGGGAGUGAGCAUGCGUCUCACUCUUCGGUAGCCAGAUGCAUCUUGAGUUACAAGACGCUGCCGGACUUCUACUCUCUACUCGACCAGAUCGAACGGACUUCGUAUGUGGGAGCGCUGUUCCUGGAAGCAUAUGCAGAGCGUCUACGCGAUGACAUGUGCAAAGAUUGCUGGUUCGAGCGCUACGUGGAAGGUUGGGCGUAA